AAAGGCAGUUUAAGUACAGCAAUGUUGGAUGAGUAUGUAAAAGCUGUUGGAAGGGGUGGGACGUGAUGGCUUCGGGCUCAGCUGCAGCAUGGCAGGCGCUUGGCGUCGUGGGCUAAGGCUGUGCCCUUUAGGGGGCUUUUGAAGGGAAGUUCUUCGUGUAUUGGUGCUUGUGUUGUGUGGUGGUUGGCAUGAGCAUAAGCCUGGCUCUUGGCUUGGGUUGGCAUGUUGAGGAGGUCAUGGUGAGCGGCAAAAGGCUGGCGUGCGCAUCCGAACAGUCCGAACAGGCAAAUGGAAAGAAACUCCAUCCUAGAAGCGGGCCAUAACCAGGAGGACCUGUUGGCCCGGUAAAUUGGCCCACGUUGCGCGGCUCCGCUGUACGCUGGUCCCUGGGUCAACUUACGUGGUGUCCUAUUUAUCGCGCUAAUUCUUUUUGUCCGUGCUGCAAUUUUUGCAUAUAGAGGACAGAGCUUUAUGCUGGUGCUUUCUGAUUUCCUUGCCUGGGAUACAUCCUGGUGUGGUGAGUAAGGCUUUGAAAGAAGUUACAACGGAAGGAGCUUCAUCGCUUUUCCCUCGUUAGCAUUAUCACAUGCCGAGCUUUUAUCGACACGGACAACUGACGCCUUCUUGGGCCUUCACAAACUGCAAUACUCAGUCGUUGGAGAGUCGUCCGCGGCUUUGUUGAGCACCUUCAAGCCCUGGAUGAGGAACGCAUGGGGUCGUAAGACAAAUGAAUACCAGUGGCAGCGACGGCUCCAGGCAUAAGUGUUGCGCAGAAGAAGUCGUGAGCUCCAGCGAUGACGACGAAUCCGUUUCCAAGGACUACGAGCCGCUUCCCAGCUGUCCGAUCUGCCUGACCGACAUCUUGGACCCCAGGGAGAAAGCAGUCACGGGAUGUAUGCACGCCUUCUGUCGGCGUUGCCUGACGGAAUGGCUCCGCGUAAAAAGACUGUGUCCUCUGUGCAAACGCCGCAUCCACACCUACCUGACGGACAUCCGAAGCGAUGCGGAGUACAUGCAGGUCGACAUCCCGCCCUCACCGCCCCCGCACUCCGCCUACACCACUUCCACCGCCGCCAUCUACGCUGCUCACACCCUUCUCGACCACUGGCAGCUGCAUCACGUCGAUCACUACCACAACCAAAGCCACGGCCACCAUCACCACCACCCGCAGCUCCCACAACCCGGGCGCGAAGGGCAGGGCCAGCAGGGGCCCAGCGGUUCCGCCGGCAGUAGCUACCAUGACGGCGGUGGCCCUACCGCUGCUGCUGCUGCUGCUGCUGCUGGCAGUGGCAGUGGCAGCCUGCACGGACUUAUGGCGCUCUCCCGCCCAGGUGACACCGCGGAGCUGGCCGCGCAGCUGCACCGCAUCGCGGACCGACUGGCGGGAACGGAGCGUCGUCUCGCGCCACCGCGCUUCCGUCAAGCCACUGGGGCAGAUCGACACCUUCGCGCCUUCAACCCUUCCGCUACCGCCUCCGAAGCAGCGGAGGCGGCGGCGGUGGCAGGACCCUCAGCAGCAGCAGCAGCAGGGAGCUCACAGGGGCAGAACCGUCGGCGGCAGCAGCAGCAGCAGCCGCAACCUCAGCCACGGCCGUACUUCUUCCGGCUGCAACAGCGCUUGGCUGCUGCCUCCGCCGGUACUGCUGCUGGCGGCGGCGGUGCGGAUGUCCCCUUUUCUGGAGGCAUUGCGGCAGGAGCUGACAGCGGUUGGAGAGCAAGCAGCGACGCAGUGGGCGGAUGGCAGCAGCAGCAGCAGCUGGUGGCGCCGCCGCGGCUGCCGGCGGCGGUGACGGCGGCCGCGGCGGAGGCUGCGGAGGUGGCGGCGCGGCGUCGAGUGUACGACAGAGGGCUGUGGGCGACUGGAGCAGUAAGACCCGCGGUAGGGGCGGCGGGGGCGACGCGGGAUGCACGCAGGAGCCGUUGGUCAGCGCCUGCUGCCCCUGCUGCGGUUCCCGCGGCGGUGGUGACGGCGGCAGUAGCAGCAGCGGGUGCAGGGCGGUUGCUGGCGGGACGCGGGCGGCAAGUGGUGGAGGAGUGGGUGACGCGGGAGUUGCGGGCGCUGCUGGGAACGUCGGACCUCACGCUGCUCAGGGCGCUGGUGGUGGGUCUAGUGGAAACGUUCGGCUGGCAGCGGGAUUGGGCGGCGGAGGCGGCCGCUGGGACAGCAGCAGCAGCAGCGGCGGCGGAGGCGACAACAGCACCUCAACAGCAGCAACAACAGCAUGACGUUACAGCACCAGCAGCAGCGGCACCUGAGCGGCAGCAGCAGCGGCAGCUUGCUGCGGGCCGCCGGGUGUCGGAGGGAGGUGCUACUCGGCCGCCUGCAGAGGGUGCUGCAGCUGCAGCGGCGGCGGCGGCGGAGGGACCUGUGGCGGCGCUUCGUCCGUUCCUGUUCGACCGGGCAGCUCACUUCUGGCACGAGCUGAGGUGCUUUGCGCUCUCGGGGCUUACCAUGCAAGCCUACGAUGCAAGCGUGCGCUACGGCCUGGCCCCGGCAGCAGCCCCGGCAGCGGCAGCAGCGCCACUGCCCGGGCACCAAGUGCACAGACACCCAGGACAACAACAGCAUGGGCAGCAACCCCAACAGCAACCCCAACAGCAACAACAACAGCAGCAGCAGCAUCAGAGGCGGCAUGGACACGCUACAGUCCACCCCCGUCUCCGUCACUCUCCUGCAGCAGCUUCGUCGGCGGAGAUGGUAGACCUGACGGCGGAUGGGCAAAGCGAGGACGACGAUGACCAGCAGCAGCAGGGGUCCUCGUGGCGGUGAGGAGCGUGCCGUGGUGGUCAGCAGGGGCCGGAAGAGGAGCAGCAGGAGCAGGGCCCGGCAUGGGAGCAGGAGUAGGAGCAGGAGUGGAAGCCGGGAUCGGAGGAGGGGGAGCAGGAGUUGUAGGCUGGGAGGACGGAGGAGAGGCGACGGCAAUGGCGUGGCUGAGAGGCGCAUCGGCAGGAGCAGGAACAGGGACAGGAGCAGGGAGGGGAGCAGGAGGAAGAGCAGGGAGAGGAGCAGGGAGGACAGGCACGAACGCAGGCGGGAGAGUGACCGCAGGGGUAGGCGCAGGGACAGCAGCAGGAGUGCCGAAAUGGAGAGGGGCAGGGACAGCAGCAGCGCGGGCAGG